CACCUCCACAACAAUCAAGCGCAGGUGUAAAGUCUCUUUGUCCACUCCGUGUAGAGUGCAUCGAUAUGAUCUUUGAUCGUCGUCCCGAGUGGCGAGUAGCACGUGAAUAAAAGAAAUCAUGGAGAGGACAAAAAGAUUUCAAUAUUCCAUGUACAUGAAAGAAAUGGUCUUGCUUGAUGGUGCAAACGAUGGGGCGGAGGCAGCCACCAGCGAACAACCAAGCGACCAGGUUGUUCCAGGACCAUCAGGAUCCUCGACGAAGGACUCUGCAAAUACAUCUACCCCUCCUCACAAGAAGCUUAAGGUCAAGGGGUAUGCACAAAGGGAUACACAAGAAGAAAUGAGAAAUUAUUUAAAGGAGUGGCGGGAGAUGAAGCGUGAAAGACGAAAAAAGAGACGCCAGAUGGAAAUUGAGAAGCUGGCGUUAACAAGGGCAAGCAUUGAAGUAACAAGGGCAAGCAUUGAAGUGACACGUGCUUCGCUGGAGGCAACGUUGGAAACCAAUAAACUACUUCAGGAAGUUGAAGCUGAGGGCAUCACAUGUCACACCUGUGGAGGACAAUGGAGGAUUAGUGAUUGUGAUUAUAAACUGUAAUUGUGAACUGUGAAUUUUGUGGUUAGUGAAAUUGUAAUUGUGAACUGUAUCUGUGAUUGUAAAUUGUAAUUGUGAAUUGUAUAUUGUGAUAUCCCACCCUCCAUCUGCCAUCCUGAUUUGGGUCUUCCAUGGUUUUCCCAGAUUGUCAGGCGAAUGCUAGGAUGGGUCCCUAAGUCCAUGGCAGUUGCUCCAAUACCCUUUGUUUUCUUGUACUAUUGGAACAAUUAAAGUGUUAAAAAAUGAAACUGAGCUUUUGUCAAUUCCUGUCAUUCACCUCUACUGUCAAUAACCUCAUUUUAUGUUUCUAAUCAGUUUAUUUUACAAAUAAAGGUUAAAUGUCUAUUUGCAUUUGUUUUUCUGAUGUUAAAUUUGACAAUCACAUAAACUUUAACUCAACAGUACAUUGUGCAACUUACUUGAACCAUACAAGGAGUGUGUAACUGAUAAGACUGCAACUUGUACCAAAGCAAACUCUAGAUGCUAUUUGACACACUUGGAGCAAAAAAGUUAUGAACUCUGCUUCUAGAACAGGAAAUAAUCAGAAGUAGUACUGGCAUGACUUGUAAUUGAAAUUGUUUCUCAGAAAAUAUAUAUUUCUUUUUAUUUUCUA